CGCUCUUCUCUUCCUUCCCUACCACGACGCGUAUCUGCGGAUCAUAACGACCUUCUCUCAGCUCCUCAGUUUCUCCAGGUAUCAAGCUUGGAGGCACCUCUGCACAUGUCGCGAGGCGACUGAGCUUUCCCUUCCACCCUUUGCUCAGGACACGGCCCGGGUGCUCAGUCGACAAUCCGGCCUUUUACCACUCAGUAUCCUUCAGCAUGCCCUUCCAUGGCCCGUCGACCGGUUACAACUAUCUUUCGAGCAACUCUAGAGGGCCUCCGCCUCACCUCAUGCUGGCGCAGACGUACUUGCCACCAACUUAUCCUCGCAGCUCUGCCGGUCCAGACCGCCGAGGCGCGCCAACGGAUCUCUGCUACCGUGCUAUGGACUAUCACCCACGAGAUCCUCGCCAGCGAGCUAUGCAUCACCACCGUCAAGAACCGCAUUCGACUGGCAGGUCGACGAAUCAUGGCCGUGGGCCCUUUGCCUACCACAUCGAAGAGCUGAUGCGUCAAGAGGAUAUCUCGAGGGAGCAGUACAGGCGCGACGCCGAGCGGAGGGCAAUGGCUGAAGCGGCGUGGCACAACGAGCACCUGCAAAACUACCACAAUGAACCUCAUGCGGCUGUCGCCUUGGCACAUGGCCCACUCAAUUCCAGCAACAGGAAUGGAGGCAGCGGCACACCAGCCGUUGGGCCCAGACGACGACGCGAUAGUAAUCGUCACAAAGAAACGUCAGCCCAGCGUCGGGCCAGGAAGCAGCGCUCAGAGGAGAGGAAGCGCCGCGAGAUUGCAGAAGAGCACGCUUGGUGGAUGCGGAUGGAAGCAGACUACCACCGCUAUGGUCGUCGUGGAGCAGGCUGGACCGUGAACAGCAGCAACGGCAGCGACAGCAGCACGAGGUACCCCGCCACCCAAUCAAGCGCAUGUACUGCCAGUCGUCUCCCUCAAGUUCCUCGACGUCACCGUAGGUAGAAAAGAUGCGUUUCUCUCCAGCCUCAUGGACGUCGCCAAGACUCAUGCUCGGAGCGUAGUAGCAUCAAUCUGGCCAUCACUCGGAGCUACGCCUUUGGUGGCUGAACGGGCUUUUGCCCCAGCCCUGGCAUCACUUCACUCCACCGAUCUUUUGUACCUCUCUCUUUGGCAUUUACACCCGUCAUCAGAUUGGACCAUCUCUUGAAUGCAUCAUUGAGUGAC